AAGUAGCGUGAGAGCAAGGCAACAGAAAACGGGCGACGGGGAUACAGUGCCAAACCCAGAGAUAUAAAUAGUCUUGGCCUCACUCAGCUCCCACCCUGUUGCUGCUGCUGAACCAAAACAAUCAACAGGGAGUGGCGAGUGGACGAGACAACGGCACCACGGUUACCCCGGCCUACAGCGCCACACCUCCUCGCACCACCCCCACCUAUGGCUGUCCAGGUGUCUGGGGUGCACCUGGGGGGGGUGGAGAUGGACCCUGAGCCUCUGCGGGGGAUCAAGACCUUCGUGCAUGGUAUCCUUCCCCACCGGCCCCACGCGUCGCCCGAGGGAGGCACCACACCGGUACUCAGCGAUCCAGGUUUGGAGGACACCUGGACGGACAACUCUCAUCUCAAACGCAAGUCCUGCCUCGAGAAGAAUGAGUCAGCUGAUUCCGAUGAGUCCGAGUCAGAGCACCUGCCAUCCAGCAAGCGUCAGCGUAUCACCGUGUCUGCUAUGAGGCGUCUCUUUGCCAAGUUCAGCCUCAGCGACACGGAUGAAACCUCGCAACCCGCCCCGGCAGAAGCUUUCCGACCCUCAGCCAGAGACGCUACACCAAGGCAGAGUCCAGAGAGAGAGGAUGCCCCACAGAGCAACACGGAGGAUGUGAGGAGAACGGAAACACAAGAGGGCGACACUAUCCAGUUCACGGUAAAGUUACGGCAUGAGAAGCGGAUCAGCGAAACGGAUGGCGAUGAGGAACAUGGUGAUAAGCGACGGAAAACCAACGACCGAGAGAACCAAUCAGACGACAACCAGGACGUGAUAGAAACGGAGACGGAUAAAACAGAAACCGAGAACCAUGAAGCAGAAACUAGCGACGAGGCGGAUAAGACCAUAGCCAAAUCCGAGGACUCGUCGAAAAGCAACAAGCGACAGGCGGAGGCGCGGGAGAGCGACGCGGAGGACAGGGGAGAGAACGGAAGCAAGGUGAAGCGGACUCGUCGCCUCCGCCGUGGAUUAAGGCUCUGCGCGAACGUCACUUGCUACAUUGAACAGGUCCUCUACAACUGACACUCCCCUGGGCAGCACUCCCCCUGGGUUGGCCUGUGAGUGCUGCUGUGGCUUAUGCUGUUGGAGAUCGCUAUGUGGUUGUAAAGGUAUUCAAUCUACCAUGUGUGUUAGUGUGGGGUUAAAGUGUGUGUCUGCUGCUUGGGUUUCAAUUCUGCCAUGACUGUGUUGAUCCUUGGUGUAUGGUUAUUCAUUUUGAUGUGUGUGUUAGUCUUAAGUGUAAGGUUAUUCAUUCAGCCGUGUGUAUGUCAGGGUAAGGUUAAAGUGUGUGUCUGCUGCUUGGGUUUCAAUUCUGCUGUGAUGGUAUUUGUCCUCGGUGUAAAGUUAUUCAUUCUGAUGUGCGUGUUAGUUCUAAGAGUACAGUUAUUCAUUCUUUUGUGAGUGUUCGUGUAAGGUUAUUCACUCUCAAGCUCAUUUAUGAAGUAAGUCAUCACCUGUGUGCUCUUUGUGAUAUUUCUCAGUGAUUCCCAACAACAACACAGCUACAGGACAGACUACACACACAUUGCCACCCUUCACAACCCACCAAACAUCUUUCCCUCAAACAGUAACCAGAAGACCCACCACAAAAUCACCUACGCUCUUUCCUUGACCUGCUACUUAAUUGCUAUCCUUCAAUACCCACUAAACAUGUAUCCCUCAAACAGUAACCAGAUGACCUCCCACAAAAUUCUCCCCUACACUGUUUUCUUGACUGGCUAUUUCAUACAUUCCUCACGCUCAUGUCUCUAUUAAGGUAACCCACACCCACCAGCGGAGAGGUCUUGGGUUCAUGCUCAGAGUCUAGUGUAAAUAGCUGUGUUGCCUAUGCUGUGUUACCCUUCCUCGCCUCCAUAAAGGUAACGCAGACCCACCACCAGAGAGGUCUUUGGUUCAUGCUCAGAGUUCAGUGUAUAUAUACCUGUGUUGCCUCCACUAAGGGCCGGUUCAACAGUUCAACACAGAGUAAUUGCAAGCACCUAAACAAUACCAUAUUCUCCGCAAUGAUGUUUUUUUCUACUUAACACCAGAUACUAAAAAGAUUCCUGUGUGGUUUCUUAAAAUUCAAUUCUUCUUAUAUUAAUGCAAGACACUAUAUAUAAGGCAUUUUCAUAGUGUCUGUGUGUUGGUUGGGGAGCUUAUGAACUUGCUGUAUUGAAAUGUAAAACUGGCCCACUGUGUU